CUACGGGUAGACUACGCGUUAUUAAGAGAAAAUCUGCCUACAUGUAGACUCAGAAAUUGAAUUAGCGAUCGCGCUGCCAUGUCCGGUGUGCUUGCAGCCAAACCCACACACGAUAUGAUCGCUAGUCAUUAGCAUCAAUUAGGAAAUUGUGCAAAACAUGUUACAACCAUGGCUCCGCUUUGCGACUUUGGCCCAGUUUGUAGUUGGAAGUGAGUUUGUGAAGAGUGAGAGUCUAGAUGAAUGGGAAAACUGUAAAGAAUAAGCCCUAAAGUGAUGCGGAGGUUUGGAAUAUGAUCGAACGAUGGUCAAGGAUCGACUACAAGAGCUGUUAGAGAAAAGCAAAUCCGUCGAGGAAUACAAAUACGUACAGGAGCAUGACUUCCGCACGAGGUACAACCAGGAUCUGAUUCUGGAGGAUCUCGAUCAAUUCUCGGAAAUCGCCGGCUGGAUCCGUCAGCUACAUCGGAACAUUACGGACAUUGAGGUGAACAUCUUUUGCGAAGGGUGGACCAAAGCGUACCAGAAGCUGCGGGAGAAUGCCAACCUGUGCUAUCGAAUCUACGGAGCUGUCAAGCGAUUGCCAGGGGAACUGGAUGGUAAGAAGAAGGCUGUUUCCAGUCGGGAAUGUGGAGCGGUUGGCGACGGAGAGGAAGAUGAUCUGGUGAAUCGAGUGCGGAGCGUUCAGUUCGAAAGCAUCAAGACUGCCUACACAAAGGCGUACUGGAAGUACGAUGCGGUGGUACGCCGCUACGAGGAUACAGUCAGGCGGAGCAGUCUCGUUGUACCCAUCCCAAAUGAGUGCCCUUUAUCAGAAGCAACGGAUCCUCUCCUAUCUGCAAUCCAGCACCGCCGACUAUCCCACUGUGACCAACUGCUUCGCUCAAACUCCCUCGAAGAAGCCUACAGCACCCUCACUGCCGUGGAGGAACGUCACAAGGAUCUCCUAGCGUUGGAACGGUCGCUCAUCGAGAUGCGUGACCUGUUCGUGCUGUUCUCGACGCUGGUGAUGGAACACGGCAGCAUACUGAAUCUGGCCGAGACGAACGUUCAGGCUGCCUCGCGGCACGUUGGCAACGCAGUGGUUCAGCUGAAGACGGCUCGCGAAUAUCAGUGGCGGGCGACUAAGCGGAAGUGUCUCUGCUUCAGUGGGACCGGAUUUCUGGUGGUGGUCUUGUUAGUUCUGGUGGGGGUUGUGCUUUGCAUAGCAGUUAAGAAGUUAGUAUUUUAAGAUGGAAUGUUUUAUUUUGGAAAGAAAUUCAUGAAC